UGGAUGUGAGUGCCGUGCCGCGGGCGGGUGCUACCUGCAGGGCCACGGGGACGUGGGGGCCCAACACCAGCACCACCAACUCCAGCUCUCCUCCUGGCUCCGGCCAGGCCGGCUCGUUGCGGCACGCUCAUAUCUGAUGAGUGGAAAAUGUUGGUCAUGGGAGAUAGGAGGAUGCUGCAGUCGCAGUACUGCUGGCUCCGGCCGCAUCUGGGCACACGUACAGGUGCUCUGUGUGGCACUGCGCAGUGGCAGGCUCCCACCCAGACUGAGGGUCACAGCUCUGCUUUGCAGGGAGCAGCCACACGGCUGGAGAUGGCUGAGCUCUGGCUCAGCUGAGGGCAGGACAGUGGAUCUCAUGAUGGAUGGUUACAAAAUACGCGCCCUGGUCUCCUUUGGCUAGCAGAUCAGAUCCACCUUGUCUGGGCACUGGCUCCCAGUCUUCAGGCUCCAACUUCCAUCACGGUGCCCAUAGCAGCAGGCAGGCAGGAACAAAGCAGGGAGGCAACAGAGACAAGCAUGGACAGCAGAACCCAAAUCAUAGCCCUCUCCCCUAUGGUGUCCACAUAGAGGGGAGCCCUGGAGAGUGUCCAGCCCUUCCUUCCAUCACAGGGGCACACGGCAGACCCUGCGCACCCUGCUCUGGGCUGGGCACAUCUCGCAGCCACCCCAGUGCAGUGCCCUCCCAGCCAUGCACCCCGGCUCCAUCCCUGGCUCAAGGCUGGUAGAGAAAAGCCACCUCCCCCAGCUUAUCAAAUUUGGCCAUGUCUGAAAAGCCCUGGUUUCCUUUUCACCAAAAAAGAUCAAAACUGGGUAAUUGGCUCCCAUCGUGGAUGCCUCUGAGCCUCUCUCAUGUGUAAACAGCAUUGCCGAGCGCUGACACAACGCAGGCGGCCGCGCAGCCCGGCACCCUCUGGGCAUGGCCAGGGGCUGCGUUCUGCCCUGCGCUGCCCUGGGGAGCACACAACCAGCGUUGGGUCCCAGGCAAUAAUGCAAUAAUGUGGGUGCAGGUGGCUGCAGAGCAACCAGGCCCCCACCAGGCGACAGAGGUGACACUGCUCGUUGACUGUGAGAUGCCACAGCCCUGAAGCACUGUGCUGCUGAAUGCCCCUGGGGAUGUCAGCGUGUUUCCUGCGGCAGCUCUGGGUUGUGGUAGCCAAAAGGAGGGGAGACACAGUAGGAGGAGGGGAUGGCUUUCACCCCGUUUUCUGGGUUGAGGCCCAAUUCCUGGACUGGGAAAAGGAAGUGGAAAUUUCCCAUUGCCCUACGAAGCACAAAGGCCUUCCAGCCUGUGGAUGGGGGGAUGUGGAGCAAGCAGAGGGCAUUGCUCCAGUGGCAGUCCCAGACGUGGGGCAGCAGACUUCAAAGCUUAAAAGGUGCCCCCCGAGGAGCAGGGAACAGCACCAGGCACCUCUGCAGUGAGCGAAGCUGGGGGAUUUGGGAGGGGGAGGAGGAAUGGAGGAAGGGCAUUGCGCUGCGGUUGGGUGGAGGACAGCACCACCGUGCGGUACAGCAUCCUCCUGGCUUCAGGGACAGGGACUGCAUCCCUCCCCCUGCUCUCUACACCUCCUUUAUAGGCACCUGCAGUCCCCAGCCCCGGGGUCAGCACCUCCCAUGCCUCAAUUUCCUUCACUGCAGCACCCCCAGGCUCGGCCUGUGGAUGCAGCACAGCACUGGGGCAGCAUCCCCAGCACACCCCUAGGACACCCACAGCUUGCAGAUCAGGGCACAGCCCCAGUCACAGCCGUCAGGCUGCAGACAGCAGCAGGGAAGGGUCUGGUGACAGAUAGCCAGGGUGCAGGAUGCAAUGGUGCCAAUGCCUCGCUGAUGGUGUGAGUCAUGGGGGUUCAUGAGCACAGCAGAGCUGCUGGUGGCACACACAUCACUGGGGACCCUCAGUUGUCUCCACAGAAGCUCCAGGCUACCUGCACACUGUGCCACCAGCAUUGCACACAACCCACCGUCCUCCUGCCAGCACCUGCUCCAGCAGUGCCCCCCAGCCAUGGGGGCUGUCACCAUGCUGUCACUGCCAGCAGAACCCCAGACCUUUCUCUGAGACAGGUUCUGCCCCUGAACCUCUCUGCGUUGCCUGCUCCAGGAGGGACAGCCAAGGUUGCUGCAGCCAGCACCGGGGAGGAGGCGGUGGCCGAGUCCCAGACCACGCUGGCCCUGGCCCUGAGCUGCUGACACCUUGGGGACGCAGCAGACACACCUCCGGGGAAGCGCCGCAGGGCUGGGGCUUUCCCUAUUUAGCUGCGGGGCUCGGCUGUGCCAGCCGCACUGCGGGCAGCCGUCCGGCCCUCCGCCGCCAUGGAGCGGGCUCCCAACCUGGUAGGUAGCGUGCCGCGGCGCGGGGCUGCCUGUUCGCUUCCCUUCUUUAAUGCCAUUAUGUACAAGCGUGUUUGCGGGUGGCUACCUGGCUCCGUUUGCUUUGGAGAUGCUCAUCCCGGCCCUGCUGGGCCCGUCACCCCACUGCAUGGCACGGAGGGGACAAAGCGGGGAGCGAACCUGCAGCGGCCUGAGGGAAGCGCGGCACAGCCCAGGAGCGCAGCUCUCUGCCUGGACCCUGCACGCACGCAGGACGGUGUCACAGCGGGACCACGGGCAGGGUGUGGGGCUGCCUCGGCCGGCUGCAGCCACACGGAGAGCAGCACUACAGAAAGCAACUUUGUUCGGCACUGGGCAGCAUGCCGGCUGCCGGCACACGGAGCUCGGCCCUGCGAGGCCGGAGGGAGAAGGAGAGGAAAAGGCACCUUUCUUUCUCUGUCCUCAGAGCACAGAGGGAGAGGAGGAUUUGGAUAAAGAUCUCAUUCUUGCGUGUCUCAUCUCUAAGGCUCCUUGUAAAUGAAAGGAGCCCCAGGUACACCCUGAGCUUGGUGUGUGUGCUUGCUUGGGGCAUGGGGCCACCUGGGGAUGCUCAGGGCAGGCACAGGGCCCUUUGGGCUCGGCUCCCUGGACAAGGGGCUCUGCAACCAUGGGUUAUACCCUGGGGCUUCCCCCGACCAUGUGCUCACCACCCAGCAUGCACGGUGCCACCCCAAUGCCAGGAAAUUGGGUGAAGUGUCCAUCCCCUAAGCAGGGAUGCAUCCUUUUGCACAAGCUCUGCAGCCUAGGGCAGCCACGCACUGCACUCCUUUCUCUUCAGCUUCUCCUCUGCAUCUUCACCUUUGCCAUGGUUCUGGUGCCAGAAGCCAAGGAUGAAAGCAGAGCAGCCAAGGGGAGGAGAAGGGGCCCUUCACGGCUCCCCAUGGCCGCUCCCGCCCUGGCCAGGGCCCUGGACGACCCUUACACUCCAAUGGAGGACUACGAGCGCAGCAUCCAGGACAUGGUGCACCAGCUGAGGAAUGGCUCCGAGCCAGGCGACACCAAGUGCCAGGUCAAUCUGCGUCUCUGGAGGUCCAACCGCAGGAGCCUGUCCCCCUGGGCCUACAGAUGCAGGAGUGACCACAGCUCCAGCAUCUCAAAGCAACCACGAUGCAGUGCUCCCCAUAUCAUGCAGUGCAUCAACCACGAUGCCACGCGGAUCCCGGCAGACAUCCCCGAGGCCCGGUGCCUCUGCACUGGCUGCAUCAACCCCUUCACCAUGCAGGAGGACCGCACCAUGGCCAGCAUCCCCAUCUACAGUCGGCUGCCUGUCCGGAGGCUGCUCUGCCAGGCACCAGGCGAGGUGGGGCACAAGGCCUCCGGGAGGAAGAAGUGUCACAAGAAGUACCAGAUGGUCAUGGAGACCAUCGCUGUGGGCUGCACUUGCAUCUUCUGAGGCUGCAUAAUGAACGCCCAAAGUCAUCUACAGGCAUCUAAGCAGCUUGCUCUUGCUUAUCAAACAUUGCCAGGCUCAACACUGGGGCAAGGAGUGCCCCCAAGGGCUCCCCAAAAUCCCCCUGCAAAUUCCACCAGGCUCAACCUGGGCUGGGGACACCCAGUGCUGGGGUAGCCCUGCAAGCAGCCCAGCACAUCAUCCUGCCUCUGGCCUCGCCAAGAGCUUUUGAACCCCCAGUGAAAGGCCAAGGAGAAUGGAGGGGGAAGGUCCUCACCCACCACCCCCAGCCCCACGUGCAAACUGCAGCCCAGGGCCUGGCGUAGAGGCAGGGGGUGGGGAGCAGUUGAUUUCUGGGGGAAGCUGAGGCAGCUUUUGAGGCCCUAAAUAAUAAAGUGCAUUGCUGGCCCCCGUCUGACCUGCUCCAUGCCUCAGCCCGUGGUGCUGCCUGGGCUGGAGAGGCUCUGCCCAGCAGCGAGGAGCAGCAGGAGCAGGGUCCUGCUACCUGCAU